UGGACAACAAAUUUGUUAACGUUAGUAGAGGAAAGGCGAGCUGCAACAGAUGUUACUGGCCGCCGCGAUCACCUAAUUAGCUAACCAGGAAAUGUGCCGCAGAGUUCAUCCUAAGAUGGCCCUAUAACCCUAGAGUUUACGUCCUAACUCCAUCUAUUUUAGAAGUUAUGAUGCGUGUGACGGCACAUUUCCUGUAGUAGAAGCUGUUGCUUACAGACCUGUGACUGUCAACUUUCCCUGCAACUAUCAUGAGUCUCACCCAAUUUUGCUAGGCUCACUCACCACUGGAGUAUAGAGUCGGGGAAAGGGGGAAGCUAGAAUCUCCCCAGUCUUCGCAGGCGAGUCAAGCAGAAGCGUCAUGUUCACGUCAGGUUACCAAAUAGUCAAGCUUUACUAGAAUCUGUUUGAUGGAACACGUCAGUGUUUCGGUAUGAUGAAGACUGAAGCCAGUGUGGAAAAAGUUGUGACAGGUGAAGUGUGCAUGCCCAUCACACUUUUCCGGCUGCAGUGGCGGACGUCCAUGCUGCAAGAGAGCAAAAAGGAAAGGGGGCGUGGCUUUGGAAUGGCCAGCUCCUCCGAACUUGAGGACCACGCUACGUCAGUGCUCUUACCGAAGGUCUCUUGAUGUCACGCAAAAUGUAUUGUAAUACGUCGUGAUAUUGGCAUGCUUAAAAAGACCAAUACUCUGUAAGGCGAUUUAUAUGUUCCAGUAUAAUCGAUAAUCUCAGGAAAGUUGGGUCUGGUGACGUGGGACUAUGGCUCUGGUCUUGUGUAUUUAUAAUUGAUCUUGAAGAAAGUAUGGACCACACUUUUAGUCUUAUUCAAUUCUGAAUGGAAGCGUCGAGAGCUAUACUGUUGCAUGUAGAAGCAAUUUAGAACACAAUCCAGUGCCUCAGGCUUUCAGGCGUUCAUACAAAGUCUGGCAGCAGGGGAUUCUAAUUAUUCUUAUAUCUCGCCCCUAAUAUACCUGAUUUAAACCGAAUUUGUGGGUUUUGUAUUUACUCUUAUUGCCAAGGUGCUCUACAAAUCUAUCUACCUGGUACAGAAUCGACUGUCAGAGAAGAGCAAUUCAAGAGUAGUUUGUAAUGGUGGAUCAAGAGGUGACGGACGACAUGUUGCUGAAGAUAGCACUUAACACCACAAUAUGUGCAAGUUGGAGUCAUCUUGCAUUAUGUCUUGAUUAUGAGAUGUUUGGUGGUGGAGGUGUUAAAUUAAUUAAGCAGGAACACGUUGAUGACCCAUUUACGCAAGUAACAAGCAUGUUGGAAAAAUGGCACAACCAUCAUGCUAAAAAAGCCACGGUCCAGAAGCUCAUUACAGCGAUGUGUAACUGCCAGUGGGAACGUCAGGCUGAAGAAAUAUUUGGAGAGAGAUUGGUAAAGCUUGCCACACAAGCUAAUGCUGACUCUCCAGACGGUUUACCUGACCCUCUUAGAAGAAAGAUUACGCCGCUGCAGCUGAUGGAGGUUUCAAAAGAACUUCUAGACCUAUGGCUAGAGAUUGGCGUUGCCUUAAAGAUACCAAAGGGGAACUUGAAAAACAUCGAGCAUAAGCACAGGGAUGAUUUGUCAAAGCGCCUCUUCGAGGUCCUAGAACUAUGGUGUGAUCGUGAAGUUAUUCCCACUGUUGGAGCUCUGGUGGAAGCCUGUAAAUGUAAAGGAGUGAAUGCAGAAGUAAGAUGUCGGAAAGCUCUCGGUCUUAUUCCCAAGUAAAAACUGGAUUUAUCAGCUCGCAUAUGUGUGAUGACUUGUGUACAACUUGAACGUCUUUUAUAUACCGCAACAUGUUAAAUAGCAUUAAAGAAAUGCAUUCCGAGCAGCAUAUAUAUAGCUAGUUUUAGUGUUGGCUUUUUUGCUUUUUUGUGGUAGGUAUAAGUUAUUGGAAGGCAAAAUCGUACGUCUACUCUGCUUUCAACCGUGUUGUCGUUGUCCUAGCCACAUGCAGGCGUAGGAACCUGGUUUUGUUUUUGUAAAAUAUAUAAAAAGUAUAUAAUUUUUUGUAUAUUUUGAAAUGAUA